CUGGAAGAGGCCCGGGGAGCCAAGCAGAGGACGAGAUCAAGCAGGAGCAACGAACGGCAAGAGAAAACGCAAUUUUGCUCACUGCGACCCUCAUUCGGUGCCUCAAUUACCCCGGCACCCAUCUAGCAGCUUUGUCUGGCUCCCAAACUGUACGUUGAAAUUUUUGAUUGCUAUUUUGCUUCAUUUCCCGGGCGCCUGGGCCGUGAGAUGGACAGUCCAAAGAUUGCAGGUGGUGGCUCCAGCGCUAGCUCACAGCGUCGCAGGCUCACUAAGAAGCCUCCGUCGGCGGCGCACUACCACUCUCACCACUCGAGCUCCAGGUUCAGCGCUGCUUCCGACGGCCGUGUUGACGCCCAAUCUCUAGGAAGCAAACAAAGCUCGACCAGCUUGCGGCGGGCCCCCAGCGCUCCCAUCGGCAACAGAACUCCCGCCUCGAACGCGACCGACUUCUCGCCACGCUUCCCCGCCGCACAGUCUCCCGCUUUCUCGCUCGCAACGAGCCGGUCACACACCUCUCCCGCCCUUCCCGACGGCACGCCUGCGGCGCUGUCUGCCUCCUCGUCGCACUCGCAUUACCGCUCCCUGCAGACCCGAGCUGACGCGCAGCAACCACGAUCCGUCCCGGGGGACAUCCUUCAACCCCUCAGCUCCAAGACUUCAGACGAGUUAAUUGGCGCUCCCUUUGACGGCACGGCAAUCCUCGACCGAAUUGCCGCCACGAAGUCGCCCGCUCAAAGCAACAAUAGCAGCAGCGGGCACAACAACAACAACCACCACGACCACGACCACCACAACGACGGAGACAACCACAAUCACAACCACGGUCCCGGCCACGGCCCUGACCAUCGACCCCCACCUCGACUUACACUUCAACAGCCACCCCGCGCGGAUCCCGGGACGCGAACCAUGGGAUACUCCCCGCCGCCGCUCCGCCAGUCGGCAACCUACCCGGCUGGCGACCUGCCAAUUCUGAACGAGAAGGGAGGUCCGCCCAAACCCGACAGCGCAGGCCUCCACAAGCGCUACUCGGACGAGUCGAAGGAGAGCAAGAUCCCCAGCAUGCUCAGGAAGAAGUCGGGCUUCUCCGGUUUCAUGAACAGCUUGGUGGGGUCACCAAAGAAGCCGCUCAUCUCUGCGCCAGAGAACCCGGUGCAUGUAACACACGUCGGAUAUGACAGCACCACGGGCCAGUUUACAGGGCUACCAAAAGAGUGGCAGCGACUGAUCAAUGAGAGCGGCAUUACCGAGAAAGACACGCGAGAACACCCUCAGAUCCUCGUCGAUGUCUUGACAUUCUAUAAAGAGACCCAAGAGAAGCCGCAAGAGGACCAGCAAUUGGAGAAAUUCCACGAUGCCCGCGCAGACUACCGAGGCCUCUCCACCCCGUCGCCCGCGACUGCUCACCCUUCACCGGGGUUGCUCCAAUCUGGCUAUGGCGCGAUGUCCCCCUUGAUCAGCCCGCCCGCAAGUCCGAGGUUUCCUAACGUCGGCCACGAAGGCAGCUUCGAGAACCCGCGCGCACCACCCCCAGUUCCCAAAGGUCACCUCAUGUCGGGCAAGGAUAUCAAUCUCAUGCCUAGCCGGCCUGCGCCCAAGCCGCCGACGACCCUACCAACUAGAACACAGCCAGCAUACGCGACAAAGGACUCGGGGAUUGGCAUGCCCCCGCCAGGCGAGGACGUCUCACCAUCCCAUCUCCCUAACAAGGACAAUGUCCCAAUGUUGCCAGAAGAGCAUAGGUCACGGUCCAACUCACGAGCCAAUGGCACAUCGCCCUAUUUGCCGUCCCAACCAUCUCCCUCGGUCACCUCGCCCCCGGCCAACCAACAAGCAGUGUACCAGCAGCAGCUUCUACACCAACAGCAGGAGCAGGCAAUGGCACAGGCGCAGGCGGCCAUGACAGGCCAGCUAAGCCGCCAAGCGAGCAAGCGGCAGCAGCCGACCCCGCCGGCUUCGCAACACCAGCACCUGCAACAGCAGCAGCAGCAGCAACAACAACAAAUGCAGCAAAUGCAGCAACAACAACAGCACGCAGAUCCGAAUGGGCCCAACCGGGGACCACCAACACAGCAGACGAGGCUUGCGCAACCGGGCUCGAGGCCGCGGCACAGACCACGACAGAGCAACGGCGUUGACGUGGUCGCCGCCCUGAAGAGGAUAUGCUCCGAGGGCGACCCCAGGGAGGUCUACCGUGGUUUCACCAAGAUCGGCCAGGGUGCGUCCGGCGGCGUGUACACGGGCCACGAGAGGGGGACCAACCGGCUGGUGGCCAUCAAGCAGAUGAACCUAGAGCAACAACCCAAGAAGGACCUCAUCAUUAACGAGAUCCUGGUCAUGAAGGAGAGCUCCCAUCCCAACAUUGUCAACUUCAUUGACAGCUACCUGUGCGGGGGGGAAUUGUGGGUCGUCAUGGAGUUCAUGGAGGGCGGCAGCUUGACCGACGUCGUGACAUUUAAUAUCAUGACCGAGGGGCAGAUUGCAUCAGUCUGCAGAGAAACCCUCCGCGGCCUGCAGCACUUACACUCCAAGGGCGUCAUCCACCGAGACAUCAAAUCGGACAAUAUCCUUCUCAGCAUGGAGGGCAACAUUAAGCUGACCGAUUUCGGGUUCUGUGCAACGAUCAACGAGGCGCAGAACAAGCGUACAACGAUGGUCGGCACGCCGUAUUGGAUGGCGCCGGAGGUGGUUACGCGGAAGGAGUACGGCCGCAAGGUGGACAUUUGGUCGCUGGGCAUCAUGGCAAUCGAGAUGAUCGAGGGCGAGCCGCCCUACCUGACCGAGUCGCCGCUCCGUGCUCUGUGGCUGAUCGCUACGAACGGUACGCCACAGAUCAAGAACGAGCAGGACCUGUCCCCUGUGUUCCGCGACUUCUUGUACUUUGCGCUCAAGGUCGACCCGGAGAAGAGGGCCAGCGCGCACGAUCUUUUGAGGCACGAAUUCAUGAAGACAUGCGUCGACCUCUCCACGCUCGCACCCUUGGUCCGGGCCGCGAGGGAAGCCAGAGCGCAGGAGAAGGCCCGCAAGGGGCAUUGAUAGGCUCUAUAAAGCCAGCCUUUCCCGCCUACUUCGAUCGAUCGAGACGGCAUUUUAACCAGCAAAUAUUUAUCUGGCUUUCUCCCUCAUGGUUUAUGCUACCAAGGGCGCAUUGCAUUUUUUUGACCAUCAAGCAAGGAAUCUCGUGCAGCCCCAUCAGAGCCUUUUUUUCUUCCCAUUUUACUCAACUCUCAUGGCAGGCAGGCAGGCAGGCAGGC